AUGGCAACCGUGGUCCCGCCGCCUUCAAAACGGCAGCGUCGUGAAGACCUCGCCCGUACCACAACCCAGGCCGACAUCAGCGCGAUUCUACCGCCGGACAAUGGCUCCUUCAAGGCCCGCUUCAUCGACAGCGCUGGCGCCCAGAUGACCGACGCCAUCGAGAUCCCUCUCGCCGACGCCUCCGAGAAGAAUGUGUCCCUCCUCCUCAACACCCUCCUGGGCCGCGACAGGGAGGACUUCUUGCCGUACCGGUUCAGAAUCCACAUCCCCGGCACCGAAAUCGUGGUGGACCAGUACCCGACGGACUUGCUGGCCCUCCUACGAAGCCACGGCGUGACGAACCCCUUCGAGACGACUGUCACCCUCGCUGCCGAGCCCCAGGCCGUCUUCAAGGUCCAGAGCGUCACGCGUCUCGCCGCCAAGAUCCCAGGCCACGGCGAGGCCAUCCUCUGCGCCCAGUUCUCCCCGGCCUCGUCCUCCCUCCUCGCCACCGGCUCUGGCGACAAGACCGCCCGCAUAUGGGACACCAACACCGGCACGCCCAAGCACACCCUCAAGGGCCACACGGGCUGGGUCCUGGGUGUGUCGUGGGCGCCCGACGGGUCACGGCUGGCCACCUGCAGCAUGGACGGCACCGUGCGCGUGUGGGACCCGCUCUCGGGCCGACAGAUCGGGGACGGGUUCAAGGGCCACACCAAGCCGACGCUGCAGCUGGCGUGGGAGCCCUUCCACCUGUGGCGGGACGGCACCGCGAGGCUGGCAAGCGCGAGCAAGGACAGCACGGUGCGCGUGUGGGUGGUCAACACAGGGCGGACCGAGCAUGUGCUGAGCGGCCACAAGGGGAGCGUCACCUGCGUGCGGUGGGGGGUGGGGGGUGAGGGGACCGGCGCCAUCUACACGGGCUCGCACGACAAGAGCGUGCGCGUGUGGGAUGCCGUCAAGGGAACGCUGGUGCACGAGCUGAAGGCACAUGCGCACUGGGUCAACCACCUCGCCCUCUCGACCGACUUUGUGCUGCGGACAGGCUACUACGAUCACACGAGGGAUGUUCCAGACACCGACGAGGGCAAGAGGCAAAAGGCAAAGGAGAGGCUUGAGAAGGCGGCGGCGGCACAGCAGCAGCAGCAGCAGCAGGGCGACAAGAUUGUCGAGAGAGUCGUCAGUGCCAGUGACGAUUUCACCAUGUUCCUGUGGGAUCCGGUCAACGCGGGCAAGAAGCCCGUCGCGAGGAUGUUGGGCCACCAGAAGCAGGUGAACCACGUGUGUUUCUCACCCGACGGCAGCGCCAUUGCGAGUUGUGGCUUUGACAACCAUACAAAGCUGUGGUCAGGACGUGACGGCAAAUUCGUCAAUACCCUCCGCGGUCACGUCGCCCACGUCUACCAGUGCGCCUUCUCCGCCGACAGCAGACUCCUCGUCACCUGUUCCAAGGACAACACCCUCAAGGUCUGGAACGUGCGGACAUGCAAGCUCGCCGAGGAUUUACCGGGCCACGACGAUGAGGUGUACGCUGUGGACUGGAGCCCGGAUGGACAAAAGGUUGGCAGUGGUGGGAGGGACAAGGCGGUGAGGUUAUGGAGGAACUGA